GUUGGUGCCUCAACCUGCUAAAAACGUCGAAAGACAGAAAUUAAACAGAACUUCAGCUUUGGACCAAUCUCUCUGCAUGUCCUUGGGCCGAUACUACAUUCAGGUCCUCCGCAACUUUGCUUAUUCAAUAAAUAACACCUUUCAAGCAAAGGCAGUGAUAAAAAAACAGGACAUUUCGCCGGGGCUUGAAACAGCUUGUAGCAGUUUACCUGUGAGGCUGGAGCUAACGCUAGUAGGUACGUGUUGGGGUAAGAAUACAUUUGACCACUGAUGCGCGUCUAUACGUACUGUUGCGGUAUGGAAACUGUAUAGGUGCCCUGAGCGGACAAAAAGGGAAGAUGACGUUCACAUUUCGUCAAAUACAUGCAGCCUAUGGUCAGAUAUAUCACCGUUAAAUUGAAUAUACCGGCCUCUGCUUCGGUUAUCCAUGCAAAAAAAUUAUGUGGUAUUAUCACGUAAUUUCUAAUAUAAUUCAAAUUAAAACGUUUGGUAAAAUGUGCAGUAAGUGUUUGCCCCUUGAAAACAACUUAACUUUAGUUUGGUGGAAAAGUCGCCUCAGAGUAAGUAAAGUAUUCUUCGUUUAAGAGCCCAUGACCUCUUUAUCUCUUGUUAAAGAUUGCUUAAAGCUUAGUGGAGCCCCGUUUUUGAAGUAAUUUUUUUGACAUUGCCACUGCAUACUCUGUUAUUUAUUGAACUUUUCUUGACUUGAGAGUUCUAAGCUCAUUCCAGGAAUUUUUCAGUCAACAAAAUAGUCUGAAAUGCACACCGAUGCCUUUUUAUGAAAUGCAAAAACAAAAAAGUCCAUCAGCAAUAGUUGCGUGGGCACUGACGACUGGAGCAGCAGUGAUGAAGAUGCCAAUGAAAAUCAUGAUACACUCACCGAGACAGUGUGCUUGGUUGAAUUUGUAAUGUUUCAAUUUUGCAUUUUCAAUCAAUUUCGUACCAUUUUUACCGUUUAUGCCUGUUGCUGCUAAUUUGCAUCAUAACCAAAAUUAUAUCUAGGCCAUACUAUGUGUUAAAGAUGAAUUAAUAACCUCCACUUAAUUUAGCAAAACAUUAAAAGCCAAAACAGAUGAUCAAUAUUUUUAUAGCAUUGUAAAUAAAUUCAGGCAUCAAUAUCAAACACUUCUAGAUUUGCUGUUGAGUAAUUACAGCACACAUAUUAAAGUAUAUCUCUAGCUCUUUGCUGCUUUAAAAGGUGGCUGUCAGGGAUUUGAUAUGUUCUGGUUGUUAUCAGAAUAAACCACAUGUAGGACCCAGGGUUGAAAGUUUAGGUCCAGUUCAUUACACAUGGUGAGAGAGAGAGAUCAUACUGUAAUGUACAAUCAUACAUAAACUGGUAUUCGCAGAAACUUUUCACAUUAAAACUUUUUUAUAGAACUUUUUUUUGCAGAAAUCAACAUUUGGAAUGAUAUGGAGAGGGACUCAUCAUGAAAUCUUUCUAUCAGUGAAUCCAGGGAAUAAUAAUCUCUGUUAUUUUAUGUUUUUGUGUCGAGGUUCAGCUGAGGUAUGCAGACUGCUGUCAGAGCUGCCAGACGAUCCCUCCGACACUGGAGGAGUGUCUCUCACUCUGCCAUGAGCUCAGGUACACCCCUAUAAGACAUAAACAUGCACAUAUACUUGAUGUUCUCUCCUCUUUUAUGGGACCAUUUGUUUUUGUUAUUCUGAUGAUAUACACUUCAGAGAGGCUAGAGUAGGAUUUAUGAGCCACUCAGAUAAAAUAGCAACUGAGGUAAAAAAUAAUAAUAAUAAUAAUAAUACAACAAUGUACUGGCAUGUCCUCAUGGUUCAAAGUCCUCUUUUAUGCAUUUAUUUCAAUUUUUACAGCGGUUGUAAUGCUUAAGCAAUAUUACAGGCUGUUUAUCUUUUUUGUGAUUACAGACAAAUGCAUCAAUAACCUGGCAAGAAUCUGGUUUAAGGGAAAUAUCUGGGAUUAUAAUUUAAUAUGUUUAAUUGUAAAGUUAUAAUGAGUUGCACUCUUGAGAAGCUGUGCAAUCCCCGAAUUUACUGACAGAGUUGAAAACUGGUGAAAUAGAUACAAAAUAGAAGUGACUUUUAGGAAACCUUUGUUUGGUUGAUGUUGAGGCUAAAGAAAUCCUGUUGGAUUUCCUGGGUGGUGUCAGCUGAGGUCACAGUGUCAUACCACAGAUGACCCACAGGGUGGCAGCAGAGAGCAGAUCUUCUCUGUCCUUGAGCUCUGCAAGAGCAGGAGACUGAAGUUGAAGGUAAAGUGUGAAGCAGUAAAAGCUCAGAAUAGAUUUUUACUAACAUUUAACAACCACAUGACACAAAGCCAUCUUAAUGUUACUCACUGGACAAAACGUGUGUGUUGGGGUGUUAAUUUUGGACCCUGUUGCCUAAAUACAACAGGAGUGGAAGGUUACACCUGGGGUCCGUUUCACGUAGCAGGUUUAGUGGAAACUCCGAGUUUGUUAACCCUGAAAUCAGGGAAACUCUGAGUUUUCCGUUUCACAAAGGAGAGUUAGUUAAACCAGAGAGAGAGGGGUAACUCUAACCUGUUUCACAAAGAGAGGUAACUCAACCUCGCGGUCAGUUACCACAGUAACAGACUCCGUGAACCUAACCUGCUCGGGAGCAGGUUUAACUCAGUAAACCCAGAGUUUCAGGUGAGACAUCGGCAUUUUCUCAUUUUGAUCAUGUUUUACAUUGUCAAGUAAGUAUUAAGUGGCAGUUUGAUCCCUUAAAAAAUGCUCUUUUCACACUCAAAACUGAAUUUUACUCUCUUAUGAUGUUCCGUGAAAUGAUAUUAAACUAACACAAAAACGGGUGGUGGUCCAACAGCCCCACCUUUAACGCAGGCAGAGGAGCUGCCCCCCCCCCCCCCGUUCGACGAUCGCGGCCGGUCCGAUCGCACAGACACACACACACACACACACGCACACACACCAGUCCGACGAUCGCUGCUACGGGGUGGGGGUUGCGAUCGUCGGGGGGGGGGGGCUCCUCUGCCACCGUUAAAGAUGGGGCGGCUGUGCCACCACCCGUUUUUCUGGCAUCUGCCCUCUUUCUGUUUGCUGAGUGAAAGUCUAUUAUUGAGUGUAGUGUGUGUUAGUUUAAUAUAUGUACAUAUGCAUACUGAGAGUUAGUUUAAUAUUCCUAAUCAUUUAACGGAACAUCAUAAGAGAGUAACAUUUUUGAGUGUGAAAAGAGCAUUUUCUAAGGGAUCAAACUGCCACUUAAUACUUACUUGACAAUGUAAAACAUGAUCAAAAUAAUUCAAGCAGUUUCCCUGCAACAGUCUGUCAUUGUGAUUGCACGAGACUAGAUUUAAAGUUACGCAUUGACGCGCGCAGCGAUUUCCUCCCAUGCCCUCUCCCUCUCCUUUGCAGCUGCUGCUGUAUUGCACUUUCUUUUAAAAACGUGCUGUAAUUCGCUGUUGGCUUGCUGCUGCCCCCUCCUUCUCCCUGUUUCCAUUGGUUGAUCAUUGAAUCUGCGCUCCACAGAUGCUGGCUGUUUAUGUCUGGCGUGCACGUGCUUAACUCCAGGUCAAACUACUCGGAGUUGUUAAAACCGUCUCAAAUCAGGUGUUGUGAAACCGGAAACUCAGAGUUUCCUAACUCAGAGUAGAUCAACUCAGAGUUAAGGAUUUAACUCAGAGUUUGUUGAACCACCUACGUGAAACGGACCCCUGCUGUUCUCUGAGCUGUAUUGGUUGCAGAACGAGAGGGAUUUGUUUAUUUAUUGGUGUUAUGACUGCAAAAUGCUAGUGAGUAAUAACUGACCAAUUUUUACAAAUCUUUUCUUCUGUGUGCCUUUUUUCCCUCUUUGUUCACUCUGUAACCAUUUAAAAAUCAAAGAUUAACCACAUCGUUUUCUUUAGUGAACAUUAACCCCAGUGAGCCAGUCAGAGUAUUUUAUUUGUCUAAAUGACAGGAACGUCUUUACCCCAGGUGUUUUUGCUACAGCAGUAGAACCAGAAAAAUCAACACACCUGCCUCUUUAAGUUACAUAAACGAACUACCUGUGUCUGAUCACAGAGACUUAGAGAAGAACAGAAAGGUCUUAGAGUUGUGUUGUUUGAGUUGCAUUCAAAGUCAGGUGGUCUGUGAUGGAGCAAUUGGAUGGUUUAAAAUCUCUGAGUCCUGCUCAUCUGAGGCUGUUGAUCAGGAAGGAGGAUCCUAGAAUAAAAACCACGUCUGGAUUAGCUGAAGGUAAGAGUGGUUCAUCUGUAGAGCAGCAGGUGACAUUUUUACUUUUCACCUAAACUUAAUCCAUUUGGAGAACUUGUGCAAAAUUUAUGUAUGCAUAUCAUUGAGUUCACUUGGUAUGACAUGGUCUGCUUAAAGGAAUCCACAUAUUUAGACAUGUUGACCUUAGUUUCAAACAGCAAAAAAAAGUCAGAUUUGAUCCAUAACUUCUACUUUAUGCAUGCUCUGCAGACAGUCAUCAUUUUUAAAGGCAAAUAAGGGUAAACCAUAGACUGUAUAUACUAUGGACAACUUUGUUCCGCCUACCGCCUGUAUACAGAUUUGAAGCCAAAAAGCUCUCUGUAUUUCCGGGAUUUUUCUUCAUUUCCUGAAACCAGCGCUGUGCAGUAGCGAUGCGCGCAUUCGGCCGCGCAGUCGCUGAGAGUCACUGUGAUGACGCUUGGCUCAAACAGCGUAUCCCCUGAGGUACGCAAUCCCUGAACGCCUAUAGGCUGUAUCAGGUGUCAAUCAUAGAAAACAUGAACCCCCUAAUAAUUUUUAAAAACGGAGUUUCACAGAAAAAAGAGGACUUGAGCACAAACCAGUCUGACAAUAACUGCAUGUCAACAUCACAACCAGGGGGGAGAAAAAUUUAUGUUCUGUUUAAUACAUUUCUAAAGUUUGUCCACAGCCUCAUAAGCUUUGCUUGUGGAGGCGGGAUAUAUGACCUAUACUGCAGCCCAUCAACAGAGGGUGCUGUUCUCAGAGUGGCUUCACCCAGCAAGGAGGCAGACUCUGUCCAUUCUUUAUACAGUCUAUGGGGUAAACAGGCCCAGUGUUCGAUUGUAGUGAGGUCCAAUCAUAAUAAAUCAAUCAGUCAAGCCUUAUUUAUACAGCACUUUAGACUCAAUCCGUCCAUCUGUCGCUCUCUCUCUCUCUCUCUCUCUCUCUCUCUCUCUCUCCUCUCUAAACCCAGCUCAGUCUCAGCAGAUGACUGUCUAACAUCAAUCUGGUUCUGGAAGGAAGUUCUUCUUCUCCACUGUUACUCCCUAACAGCAGUAAACUGAUCUUACAUCUUUACAUUGGGUCUCAGCUAGUUUCUUUAAGCGUCUUGGAAUAGCACUUGUUGUGAAAUAGCGACAUUCAAAUAAAGAUUGUUAUUGAUUGAUUUGGCAUAAUAGGAUAUCAAACACACUAAAAUGUGUAUGUGUGUUUCAGGAUACCAGCAGGCAAAUGUUGUCAUCCUACCCAACCAUCUAGCUGAUGACUUUGAGGAUUUCUGUCAAAAAAAUCCUGCCCCUCUUCCUCUCCUUUACCGCGGCCAACCAGGAGAGACUUCCUGUCCACCUCUUGCAAAACAUGCUGAUAUAAGGUGUAUAUACGCACGCACACACACACACACACAAAUAUACCAGAUCAAAUAUCCAACAGAUGAGUAAAGAUAAGGACUUGUCACUUUGCUGCGGUAUUAUUUCAAUAAAACUCUGUAAAGGGUCAAAUAUUCUCUCUUCAACUUAGUUUAGUGAAAAAAUCCCCAAUCAGGGUCAAGAAGCCCAAAGGUAGAUCUUGUCUUGCUCCCUCCUGGAUGAAUGAUUUUCUAGAAUGAGUAAAAUGACUCACCUGAGAACAAACAUAGCUGCCAGGUUUUACUUUAAAGGUGGGGUUGGCAGGAUCUGAGGAGGUGCCAGUUUUUGGGAGAAAUCUUGAAUGUAAACACUACCCCUCCCAACCAGUUUUCCCCUCAGCUCCUCCUCUCCCCUCCCUCUCUGCUCCAACAAGCCCUGACCACAAACAGACGCUCCUGCUCGCUCGUAUUGUUUCAAUUAAAUUCAGAUAUAAUGCAGAUGAAUACUUCAGAUCCUUACAAAUGGGGCCCUGUCAAGGUGAAAGUCAAAAGCAUUGGUGCUACUGUAGAUGCCAACAGACUACCAACAAACACAAUAUUUGCAGGACUUCUACAACUAGGAUAGAGUGACAUACUCCAGGACCCGAGCUAAACAGUUUAGCAGUGUUACAACACGCUUCAGCAGGUCCCGUUUGACAAGAAAGACUUCAGUUACAGACACUUGGCUUACUUUGUUAAAGCGGUGGAGCGUGCCUCAUAGCACAAGGGAGCAGCGUCUGCCUCACAACCAAUCAGGUCGGGGAGGUGGAGAACGGCUUCGUUUACAGACAGAAAGAGCCGACUGCUCAAAAAUUUUAAAAUGUUGACUACACAGACAUAAGAGACCACAGCGACAUCGUUAUAUUCCCAAAUGUCAUCAAUAACUAAUAGCUAUUGACUGAUAUUAAAAGCUUUUUUGUAAAUACACCACAAAAAAGAUGCUUCUUUAAUGGAAUCCUGCCUACCCCACCUUUAACUCAUUUUAAGAGAUUUUUUUUUAGAUACUGACAUAAUAGUUAAAAAAUAGCAGUUAAAUAGGAUUACAAUCUGUUCAAUGAAUUUUGUUUGACAGCAAAGUGGAAGAUAAUGUUGGAAAGCUGCAUUUCUUCAGCAUUUUACAUUUACUGCCUAAUCUUUGGAUUUGGGAUUAUUGGAGGGAAAUUAACAACAGCUAUUAACACUUCAGCUGCCACUGCUUUGCAUCAAAAAGACAAAGCCUUUUAGGUGGUCCUGAAGUCUGAAUGAAUUGCUUAAAGAAGAGAAAAUAUUUCAUGCACAUGACAUGCACUUGACCUUUCCCUUUUCACGCAUUUUCGUUACAAAGCUAGAGCUGUCAGCUUUGUUGGUACAACAUGGACAGUUUUAAAGAAACCUGCAUUUUGAGUUUAUUAUGGAAUCAGGAAAGGAAACUUUAACAAACAUGCUAUUCUUAUUUGCUGCAUUUUAUCUCACUCAUGCAACAAUGAACAAUCCUGCACUUACACAUUACACCUUUUCUUUACAUUUCUAGGCUUGAUGUAAAGCAUAACAUUUAAUUUAGUGCAUAGACCUGAAUAAGUUAUUAAAGUAAAGGACAACAGCUGUUUUAAAGGGGAUGACAUGUCUCCUCAGGUUUCUCAUCUUUAUCCUUUCUUGCUUCUCUUCUCUAUUGGGCUCUCUGUAAACUCUGCAAACUUAACCAGUGAUGCCCAUCUGUGUGUCUUUGUUUCUGAAGGACGGAUAUUUCACAGUACUGUGUGUACGAAGAAGGCCAGAUGGUGAAAACUGUCUCCAGUCUGCAGAAUUACAUCACCAGGUAUUUGGACAAAACUGAAAACACACACACAAGGACAGAUGAAUAGUUCUGGGUCCUCUUUGCAUCAUCUCUUCUUUUAAUUCUGCCUCCAGGACUGGAUCUGAGCAGGCAGCUGAUUGUGGCUUUUGGUCCAACAUGGUGUGUUUCUAUCAGGGCUGCAGUUUUGGCUUCGAGGGCCAACUGAAGAAGGCUGGAAUCCCUGUGAGGAACAUGGAGCAGGGCAAAAACGUCAGCAUGUACAGGGUAGGGUGCACGUAUUUAUAACUGACCUAAAGGGGCAGCAGAUUAGUCAAAAUUCAGCUGAACUUAAGAGCUUUCCUGUUAAAAUCACCUGUUCUUAUGAGCCAAAUGAUAAGAAGCAUAACUUUGUAAGUGUGUACUCAUGAUACGCUGAGGGAAACUUGUUCUGGAUUUAAUUUGGGGCCUGUAAGAUGCUUUUAAAUGUCUUUAUGUUAUCUUUAUGUGUCUUUAUGUGUUUGUGUGUCCAGACUGCAGUUCCCUGUAUCCCUGCAGGAGGAUUCAGCUGCCCCCUAGUGGUCACUAUGCGUCCUCUUCCUGCUGCAAUGUUGGACACAGUGGUGGAGGUCACACACCUUAAUCCCCAGGCUCAUGGAGCUCCUGUGCACAUAGGAGACCCAGGUGAACACAACCACACACACACACACACAGACACACACACACUACAUAACAGCUUACAGUGUGUGAUGUGCUGUUAUCUGUGUUUGCAGCUCUUCUGGGAAUACAGGAUAUUUCCUCACCUCACUACGGGGACGGGGUGGAGCUGCAGCCUGGCGAUGUCACCGUUUUCUGGGCCUGUGGAGUGACGGCCAUAGAGGCGAUACUCAGCAGCAGUGAGUGAUCUGAUUAGCUGAUCUCGUUUCUGCAGGUGAUCAUCAUUCAGACCCGCUCUCUCUUCUUUCAGAGCCUCCUCUGGCAUUCAGUCACUCCCCAGGCUGCAUGUUCCUGACCGACAUCCCAGACUCCCCCUCCUCUACACACAAACCUCUAACCUGUGACGGUGUAGACCCCACAGACCCUGAGCAGAUCCCCCUCAGCUUUUUGAUAUCCCAUAAUCCUUUGUUGUACAGUUUGGCAUCAAAGAGGAGUGUGGGAAAAAUCAGACAGCUGGAGACGAUUAUUGGAGAGGAUCCAGGUAAAUAUGAGGAGGUAGUGUCUACAUUUGAGUCUUAAAAUGAAGUUAACUCAGCCCAGGGUGUCUGUGAGCACGUCCACAUAAAACUACAGAAACUCUGUUUGUAAGUCUUCUGUUUAAGUUCUGGUCAAAAUCUCUACAUGAAUUAGUUUAAGCCACACAGACCUGAACGAGUCCAAAUAUAAAUCGUAUUUUACGAUAAUGAAGACCUUAAAUAUUGUAUAACUAGUGACAGUAUCUGCCAAUGCAACACAGGUUUUCUUACAAGACGCAAGACUCCUUUUGAGAAACUCAGAUGCAUAUGUGGACAGAAAAAUAUCAAAAUGCACAAUACAUCAGUGAACUGGGCAAAAGUCCAGUUAGCUGGAACAUAAACCUACACAGCCAAUCAGUGUGCUGCGGGCCAGAAAACCACAAAUACAGACAAAUGGACUCACUGAUGGUAAAGUGAAUCAUUGGGAGACCUCUGAAUAAGCUGACAUCAUUAUUUGGGUCAGAGUUUCUUGAAAUGAUCAAAAUGACCCCGUCUGAGAGGCUGGAAGACCAGCUUCAGCUCCAGUUCUGUGGCUGGUUUCUUAAUAAAAGGGCCGAGCUGACAAGGACCUCCGAAAUGCAGUCAACAUAUUACUUAAUAACAAAUUAUCCCUCACAUGUGCAAAUUAUAAUUUUAAAAGUCACUUCAUUUUCAGUUUUGCACCAUACAUAGGAGUGAAAUUUCUUCUGUUUGUUGUAGCAGAGAAAAUUUUCCAUGAGAUCCCAGACAAAGGAAUUUCCCUUUGGGGACAAAUCAAGUCCUUGUUUUGUAUUAAAGGGUUUGUUGCUGUGAUGUCCUCCUGUGGGGUGCGUUAAGAGUUUAUUAUCUCACCUGCUUAAGGAAAUGAUAAAAACAGAUCAUGAUGAUGAUUUAACUUGAAUCAUAGCAAAAAGGAUGUUUUUAUAUCUUGAAAGUACAACAAGUACAAGAUAAGAACUUUAUUGAUCCCCAAAGGGAAAUUCAAUUAAUUAAUUCAAUUCAAUUCAAUCUGUGUUGCCUCUGUCAGUGUCAUAGUAAGAUCAUUUCAGUCGAGCAUAAAGCUGUCUGCCUCUUUGUCGUCCUCCUCUCCUCUCUCCAUGAACUCAUAGAGUCAGUCAGUCAGUGAGAGCUUAAUCAGGGUCUUAAGAAGGUUGCAAAAGUAAUAAAAAUCCCUUUUAGUUUCCUGUGCCGUUGCAUUUUUCUGAGAUGUAUAGAUGAUGAAGAUUAUCUGGAUGAUGAAGAUUUUUGAUGCAUCAGGUCAUUUGAAAGUGAUCAUUUUUUUUCACUUUGUUUCUCCAGGCCAACGAGGGAUCAAGGCUUUAUUUGUGCAGGAUGAACUUCUGCGCUCCUGUCUGGCACUCUCUCAUGCAUCCCAUGUUGCCAUAACGACUGGCUUCCCCACACACUACAUGCACAAGUAAUUAACACACACUUAACAUAAUCACAUGAAUAAAAUAAGGGAGGAAGGUGCACUCUCUGGCUUCAACAAGUGGUGAGUUUGAGAUGCAGUCAUAGAAAAACAAGAAAAAAAUUCAAGGUAAAAUUAAAGAAGGUUGGGCUCGUCUCGCAAAAAAAUACUGAAGCGUGUUGAAAAGACUUGUCGUCUUAAGAUGUUGUUGGUGAAUAAGGACCAAAGCGCUUUGACUUUUCUUACCUCCAGCAGCAUCUUUAGGGACAAUGCAGACAUUGAUCCCACAGAGGAGUAUUUGCAGGAUAAUUGUGAGGAAUAACUUUUUCUUUGCCUUCAAGCCCUCCUGAUGAGACUGACGGUCCUCCAGGAGCCAUCGCCAUGGCUACGAUGCUGCUGUCACUGGGGAAACAGGUGACGAUGGUGAUUGAUAAGAGAGAUGUGGAAAUGAACCAGGCCAUUAUUGAUGAGGCUGUGAGGAAUGGUGAGAGAGGUUAAAGUUUUAUCUGUUAGCCAUUGAAAGAUAAUCUGUCUGUGCUUCAUUAUUUCUAUAUUAUAAGAAAAUUUGUGUUUGACUUGAAAAAGAAAGUUCCAGUUCAGUAUAAAAUCGGUUAUUCUCUCUCAGGUGUGCUGAAAAGUGCCAUCCCUUUGGUCACAUUUGAAGACAGCGGUCCUGACUCGGCACUUCACUUCUUGUGUCAUAACGGAGACCCUAAUAAGCCCAGGUGAGCUGACAUGCUUUCAAGGUGUCAACUGAUUUCAUCUUUGCUUACAUAAAAACACAAAAUUUGUAUCCAAGGGGAAGUCUGGAUUUCAGGAUGAAGAGGGUCCUGCAUGUUUGUAGUGUUAGAGUUGUAUUGGUCAAUCAAGCAUCAGCAAGCUUUGAUGCAUGUAAAACUGGCCAGAGAAUAGAACCAGGCAGUGCAAUCUACUAUAAAGACAUCCAAGCUCACAUCGGCAUUAAUCUGUAGUGAUUUAUUUCUCUCUUUAAACAGCUGCUCAUCUGACCUGCACCAAACUUAAUCCACCAAUCUGCUUGAUGCUAAAUUGAGAAAACUGACCGGUGUUAAGAUAUUAGAAGUGUCUUGAGUGUAUUUAAGUUUUUAAUGUAACCUUCAUUCAACAACAAAAACACUCUCACAGAUCCUCCUUCUCCUCUCACAGACAGGACUUUUACCUUUUCACGAAUCUGCACCAUGAUGUUGUGACUUAAGCAAACUUGAGACCUGUUAACUAAAAUAAAAUGUGUUACUUCUGCUGAAAGAAGCCAGAGUGAAACCUUUACUGUAAAACUGAGACUCACCACAAAACCACAAACUUUGGGGGUCAUAAUAAACCAAGUUGCAUCGCUGUUAAGGAUGCAGUCACAUAAAAAAGUAAGUUUGGCCUACUUUUGGACUGCAGAAGAGGUGAUCCUAAAUGAUAUAUCCGAUGUGUUUGCAGCCAGAAAAAGACAUAUUCAAGACAUUGUAGCCCUCAUAUAAAAAGUUUUAUCAAAGGUUUAUCAAUUGUCAAUUACUUCACCUCAAUGUUUUUCCGUCAAUGCUGCUGGUGCAGAUGGGUUCACAGGCAUUUUUAUCUGAAAUAUUUUAAUGUUUUCAGCCACAGCAGGUCAUAAGAAAUGUAAACAGAGUCACAAAUGUUUAGAAGAAGUGUUAAAUAAUGUGGAAACUCAGGCAGUACAUCCAAACAUAUACAUGUGAAUGAGUUUUUAACCUGCUAAUUUUUACAGACAGCUGUGUGGAGUGAAGUGUCCGUUCGUUUUAGUUGUCUGACAGUAACAUGUAUAACCAGGUAUGACCACCUGGUGGCGAUAGAGCGCAGUGGACGAGCUGCAGAUGGAAACUACUACAACAUGAGAGGAAUAAACAUCAAACAUCUGGUGGAUCCCAUCGAUGAUCUGUUUAUUGCUGCCAAGAAUAUACCUGGAAUUACAACCACAGGUAAGACACGCUGCCACCUUAAUUAUCAUCAAAUUACUUUCCUUAUUGGAUAGUUAAUCCCUGCAUUGUCUGUUUUAUGGAAUUUUAGAAAAAAUGCACGGAGUAGUAUCUCAAGUCUUAACAACAAAGGCAGGGCUGGCAAAACCUGAACUUUACAAAUCCCAUCAUGUUUGAACUGUCUGAUGUCUGAAAAUAUACUGAGGGCCUGCACACCAUUUACACCUGUGAACUGUGCUGAAACCUGUGUCUGUCUGUGUCUCUGCAGGGAUUGGUGAUGGAGGUAACGAGCUGGGGAUGGGGAAAGUGAGAGAAAAGGUGGAGAGCCUGAUGCCUAAAGGGAGUCUCAUAGCGUGUGAUGUUCCCGCUGACUACGCCAUCACUGCUGGUACGGACUUACACUUUACCAGAGCCUCACUCUCACUUACACAGACUUGUAAUGGACGCCCGUAAAUCAGAUGUUAUUUGGUGAGUAAGAGCUUGUAUGUCAGACACCUUAGUAUUCAGACGAUGAUACAGAAGUGAUGAAGAAGUGAAACUGAAAAGAGGAAAUAUUUUGGAAAUAAUAAAUUCAGUUGUCUGUCAGUGACGCACUCGGCUGAAGGAGCUGUACCAGGAAAGGAGGGGGACCAGAUGUUAGAGUUGACCCGAGUUUAUCUGGUGUCUUUGUUCACCAUCCAAAGUAUGGACAUGUCCUGCUAUAAAACAUUUAUUCAUAGAUUCUUGUAGCAUUUGAAGUACAAUUUAGGAGUGAACAGCUUUCAUCUUUUAUUUAUCUCUUUUUUGUCAUUUCUCACUGAAGUUUUUCAGUAAGAGAGAAUACAAGUACUUCUCCUGCUCUCUUCUGCAGUCGUCUAAAAAUACAUGAUUUGACUCAUUUUGUCCCCUCCUCCUGCAGGAGUGUCCAACUGGGGAGGAUACGCUGUGGCCUGUGGACUGUACCUGCUGCACACCUGCCCGUCUCAUCUGAGAUACCUGAAAAAAGGACUGGGACUCACAACCCCCCAAGACCAGCUGCAGGACUGGACGGCCAACCUGCCGUCUGUGGAAAAGGUGAAACUCCUGAAUCUGUUCCUCCUGCUUUCUCAUAUCCUCUUUGCUUUUAAAAAUAAUUCUCUUAGUUUUAAGAUAGAGCAACAAUAAUUUAACACAGAGUUCAGUUUAAACCUGCCCUGUUGGAUCUCAGGAUGACUUUUUUGGCACAAUUUAAAUAAUGAUUGAUAAAAGGACAGUAGAGCAUCAUUAUUCCUCUGUGAUGUUUAGUUGUAUUUUUGAUAAACUUUUUAGAUAGAGAAAAGCAGAGUGAACACAAAUCCUUUAUUUAACUUUUAAUGUCAAGACUCGAAUGAAAUCAGAUCCCCUUCUCAGAGCUCAAAAUUCAUGUGCUACAUGCAGUUAUGAACUGAGCGCCCUCACAUCUUGGUUACAGGAUGUUAUUCUCUUCAAUUAAAAGCCCUUACAUGAACACACGGUCAUGUGACGGCAAAAAGGGACAGGUUAAAUGUUAGUCAAGCUAAAAUCAGCAGUGAUUUUCAGAAUGUCAAGCUACAACCUUUUUAUAAAGAACAAUCAAAAAGUUGAACCAGGACAAUUAUUUACAUUUGCACUAACUCUUGCACAGAUUACAAAAUGGUUGAAUCCUGCUAUUUUCAGCUGUAAGAAGUGUCUUAAACUGUAUACCUAGGUAUAGUUUUUGAAAUUAAAACCUUAAAUAACAGAUUAUCUGAUCCUGAAGAUCCUCUCGCCUCCACAGAGCAUUUAGUCUGAAAAAAUACUCACACAAAUCUGCUGUCGGGCACAGUAAUGGACUUACUGAUGGGCUCAGAGGAGCAUUUGGCAGCCAGAGAGACAGAUGUUUCCCUCAGGAGGACAAAAAUGUGCUAAAAAUAGGCUAAAAAAGAAGGAGCAUUACACCAUGCACAUAAAAACAGACUGCAGCGAUAAAGACAGAUUUAAAAGACUGCUGUGAUGUUGACUACCAAGCUGAAAUUCUUUCAGGAGGAGUCGAUUCUUGCCACACUGAUGAACUUUGGAAUAAGAAGUGGGAAAACUGGAAACUUGGCCAUGGAGGUGGACGGUUUGACCUUUCACCCCACGCACUCGGACAUCAUCACCAAACUGCUGGAGGCCACACAAGGUUCCCCUGCAUCUUCAAAGGCCUGAUGGACCCGUCCUGAUCAUCCAGUGCAGUAUUUCUAACUCAUGACGAUCUGAUAAUAACGAGUAUUACAAGUAUGGCUACAUACCUGAGAGUCUUCAGAGCAGAGAAACGGAAAAAUCAAUGUGCUGCCGAGUGAAAAUCUGUUUCCUCUCUAUUCAGAAAGCUUAAAGAAGUGUGAAAGAAAAAACAGUCAAAGGAGAGUGAGCGUGGGUUUAGACGCUGCCGUGGUUACCUUUCAGUCCUCUUCCUGAUGAUGGAACAAAGUGGACUCACAUAAACCAGCUCUUUUCUCUCUCAGUCAGCCCCGCUAAAAAAACGUAUCAGAGAUUGAACAUCAGUUUUAUCAUGAAUAGAUAAAAGGUUUUAAAAAUGACUCUAAAAAUGUCAAAAUGAAUGUGAUAUUAAAGAGGGAUGAAUAGUUUGGUCGGCACUAGAUGACAGUAUUUGAAACUGACUCCUUAUUGUCACAUCUACUGGGCUCGAAAUCAUUCACAAGUACAAGAGGUUGUAGCACUGCUGCAGAAGACUGCAGCCUGAAAACACAUCUGCUGUUUUUUGACCAUGUGUUGCACAGUUUGUUGAUUUUAGGUGGAUACAUGUGGGAAUGAUUAAAUUUACUCUCAAUAGUUCAUGUUGCCUGACAUUAAAAAAUUGUGUGAUUUUGACGUCUGUUUAGUGACUCAUCUGUGAAUUUUUUUUUUUUUUUCAAGCUAGAAAAUUUAAUUUUAUUAAGGAUGAAGAUUGUAUUCCAAUAAAAGAUGUCACUCCUUGUCAGAAA